GUGCUGGUGCCCACCCGCGUGGGGCAAGUGUACGUCUACGACUCCCCCAAGGGCGAGCAGGAUGAGUACGAUUUCCCUCGCCACCUCCUCUCCGCGGGCUCGCAGGAGAUCUACGACGUGCCACCUGUCCGAGGGGGGGUCCCCAGCCAGUUCAGCCAGGAGGUCUACGACACCCCCCCCAUGGCAGUGAAGGGUCCCAACGGGCAGGACCCAGGGCAGGAGAUCUAUGACGUGCCCCCCAGCGUGGAGAAGAACCU